AUGGAUCCUAUCGUCACGUGUUCAAUUCUCGCCGAAGACAUCUCCAUCGAAGAAGAUUCACAAACAUUUAUCAAAAGGAUUUCGGUGAAAUCAACAAGAAAAUCAAAGUUGGAGAAAUGGGAACAAAAUGGAUCAACAAUCUGUGGAGGAAACGGAAGAGGAGACAAAUUAAAUCAACUUUCAUAUCCUAUUGGAAUAUUUAUCGACAAACAUCAAAGUCUUUUCAUUGCGGAUUCGGGGAAUCAUCGAAUUGUUCGAUGGAAAAGAAAUGAAAAUCAAGGAACAGUUGUGGCUGGUGGAAAUGGAAGAGGAAACAGUUUGAAUCAAUUGGAUCGGGCAACAGAUGUGAUUUUCGAUGAAGAAAAUAAUUCACUCAUCAUCGCGGAUUUUGCAAAUCGAAGAGUAAUGCGACGGUUUUUGAACACAAAUCAGUCGGAGAUUCUUAUUCACAAUAUCGACUGUUGUCGGUUAACAAUGGAUAAAUUUGGAUUCGUUUAUGUUUCUGAUUAUAAGAAGCAUGAAGUGAGAAGAUGGAAAAUAGGAGAAAAGGGUGAAGGAACAUUAGUUGCUGGUGGAAACGGAAAAGGAGAUCAACUCAAUCAGUUCUACAGGCCAACUUCUCUGUUUGUCGAUGACGAACAAUCUCUUUAUGUUUCAGAUCGGGGAAAUGAUCGUGUGAUGAAAUGGAGAAAAGAUUCGCAGAAAGGAAUUGUUGUUGCUGGUGGAAAUGGAUGCGGAAAGAAUCUGAAUCAAUUGAAUUAUCCUCAAGGAAUCAUUGUUGAUCAUGAAGGUCAAAUUUAUGUUGCAGAUUAUGAGAAUCAUCGAAUAGUGCGAUGGUGUGAAGGAGAUGAAAAAGGUGAAAUAAUUGUUGGUGGAAAUGGAAAAGGAAAUGAACCUAACCAAUUGUCUUGUCCUUUUGGUUUAUCAUUUGAUGGUGAAGGAAAUCUUUAUGUUGAUGAUCGUGGAAAUCAUCGAAUUCAACGAUUUGAUUUAAUUGCUUGA